AUGGCGACGCAUAUGGGUAUGUGUCCCUACAAAAUUCGACGCUAUGAUCAAGGCAUGGUUGCAGCUAGUCGAGGUAUUGGUAGUGGAGCCGGCUCCAGUGGCGAUGUUAUCGUGUUUUUCGGUGCAAAUAUGCGUGUGACUGUAUUUAUUCACGAAUCGGCCCAUUCACUGGAUCGUGGUUCGUCCGCAUCGAAUGCUUGGCAUCAAGCAGUCUCUAAGGAUUCUUGUGUGCCGGAUGUUUAUGCUGAUACCAGUUAUGCCGAAUGUUUUGCUCAAGUUGCUGUUAUCUGGACAUAUUUGGUUGGCACAGGACGAAGCAAAAACUUUGGUGGAUCACAAUUUGUAUGCAUGAAACAUCAACUGGAAUUUAUGGCUAAAAUAUUACCUGCUCAUGAAUUAUUCAAUUGA